GCGCCAUGGCUUGCGGCGCCACUUUGAAAAGGACUCUGGAUUUCGACCCGCUGCUCAGCCCGGCGUCCCCGAAGCGCAGGCGAUGCGCGCCAUUGUCCGCCCCGGCCUCGGCCGCCGCCGCCUCUUCCUCCUUCGCCGCCUCCUCCCCGCAGAAAUACCUGCGCAUGGAGCCCUCGCCCUUCGGAGAGGUCUCGUCCCGGCUCACGACAGAGCAAAUUGUGUACAACAUAAAACAGGAGUACAAACGCAUGCAGAAGAGGAGACACUUAGAAAAUAGUUUCCAGCAGACAGAUCCCUGUUGUUCUACUGAUGCGCAGCCACAUGCAUUUCUUCUUACUGGACCAGCUUUGCCAGGUACUUCAUCUGCAGCAUCAUCACCAUUGAAAAAAGAACAGCCCCUGUUUACUCUCAGACAAGUUGGAAUGAUCUGUGAACGUUUGCUGAAAGAACGUGAAGAGAAAAUCCGUGAAGAGUAUGAAGAAAUUUUGACCACAAAACUUGCAGAACAAUACGACGCAUUUGUGAAGUUCACGCAUGAUCAAAUCAUGCGACGGUAUGGAGAACAGCCUGCCAGUUACGUUUCAUGAAUCACACUUUCUGCAUAUGUGGGCUGCCCUGUACACCCUGUUUUAUUGUUGCAAGCUGUCCCAGUUAAGACUUGCAGCAAUGCCAUAUUUCCCCCCCCUCCCCGUGAACACAGGUUAUUUCAAGCUUUUGUCAGUGGCAACCACUCUUAUGCAGCAACUGGUUUUGGAGUGCUCCCUGAUGUCAGUACCACCUGGAUGUGGACCUUUGCUACCUGUAAUAAUACCAGUGGCCUCAUUUGCUGUUUCAUUACAAUUUGGCUUCUUAUGUUAAUAAGUUUGAAAAAGUAAAGGAUUAAAGCUGGUGUUCUAGCAGUUGCCCUUCACUGGUUGUUUAAAUAAAAAUGUAGAAUGACA